UUCGAGGCCUCCAGCGUUCCUAGAGAGCUUCCGGAAGUGCCUCCGGACAAGAUGCGCGUUGGGCUAUGUUGUGCCUCCGCGGGUCUGGAAGUUAGGGCUGCAGGGCCGUGGCCCGGCGACAGCUGUCUCCCGGUUUUCUCCCCGCCUUUCCCUCCUGGUCCGUCCGGCCUAUGCAGCCCGCCUUUCCCGUCCCGUGCGGCCCCUGGAGCUCGUGGUUGUAAUUGUCAAAAACCUGAUUGGAGAAGGAAGAGACUAAAAAGUAGAAAAUGAACUACUAAAAAGAAUAAUCAGGAUGGAGAAUGAACAAGACUGGUUGGCUGAUUUGGUAUAAAUUAUGAAUAAAUCUGUUUCUCUACCCUAAGAAUUGCCCUUACAGAAGAGAUCCUUGGAAAGUUCUUCUCAAGAUAAAAAAGAUAGUGGAAACAAGCAUCCCGAGCUUUUCCAGCCCUAAAUGGCAGCAGAAUCAAGAAAAUCGUUAGCCCCAUCCACACCAGACCAAGCUCCAGAAGAAGACUUGGUAAUCGUCAAGGUAGAGGAAGAUCAUGGCUGGGACCAGGAAUCUAGUCUGCAUGAAAAGAACCCUCCUGGCCAAGAGCUGUUUCGCCUGCGCUUCAGGAAGUUAUGCUACCAGGAGACAUUAGGACCCCGAGAAGCUCUGAUCCAGCUCCGCGCACUUUGCCAUCAGUGGCUGAGGCCAGAUUUGAACACCAAGGAGCAGAUCUUGGAGUUACUAGUGCUAGAGCAGUUCUUGACCAUCCUGCCUGAGGAGCUCCAAACUCUGGUUAAGGAACAUCAGCUAGAGAAUGGAGAGGAGGUGGUAACCCUAUUGGAGGAUUUGGAAAGGCAGAUUGAUAUAUUAGGCCGGCCAGUCCCAGCCCGUGCACAUGGACAUGGACUCUGGGAAGAGGUAGUGAAUUCAGAGUCUGCACCAGAACUUCCACAUACUCAGCUCCGACCUGUGGCAGCCCAGCAUAAAUCUCUGGUGCCCCAAGGGUCACAAGAGAGAGCCAUCUCUACUUCUCAGAGUCCUACGCCUUCCCAGAAAGGAAGUCCUGGAGACCAGGAGAUGACAGCAACACUUCUCACAGCAGGGUUCCAGACUUUGGAGAAGAUCGAAGACAUGGCUGUGUCCCUAAUUCGAGAGGAGUGGCUUCUUGAUCCAUCACAGAAGGAUCCCAAUAGAGAUAAUAGGCCAGAGAAUUACAGAAACAUGUUCUCCCUGGGUGGUGAGAACAGGAAUGAGAACAGGGAAUUAGCUUCAAAACAGGUAAUAUCUACUGGAAUCCAACCACAUGGAGAGACAGCUGCCAGAUGCAACGGGGAUGUUAUCGGGGGUCUUGAGCAUGGAGAAACCCGAGAUCUUCUGGGCAGAUUAGAAAGGCAGCGGGGAAAUCCCACCCAGGAGAGACGACAUAAAUGUGAUGAAUGUGGGAAGAGCUUUGCUCAGAGCUCAGGCCUUGUUCGCCACUGGAGAAUCCACACUGGGGAGAAACCCUACCAAUGUAAUGUGUGUGGUAAAGCCUUCAGUUACAGGUCAGCCCUUCUUUCCCAUCAGGAUAUCCACAACAAAGUAAAGCGCUAUCACUGUAAGGAGUGUGGGAAAGCCUUCAGUCAGAACACAGGCCUGAUCCUGCACCAGAGAAUCCAUACUGGGGAGAAGCCGUAUCAGUGCAAUCAGUGUGGAAAGGCCUUCAGUCAGAGUGCGGGCCUGAUCCUGCACCAGAGAAUCCACAGUGGGGAGAGACCCUAUGAGUGUAAUGAGUGUGGGAAGGCCUUCAGUCAUAGCUCUCACCUCAUUGGACAUCAGAGAAUCCACACUGGGGAGAAGCCCUAUGAGUGUGAUGAGUGUGGGAAAACCUUCAGGCGGAGCUCACAUCUUAUUGGCCAUCAGAGAAGCCACACUGGGGAGAAACCCUACAAAUGUAAUGAGUGUGGGAGGGCCUUCAGUCAGAAGUCAGGCCUUAUUGAACAUCAGAGAAUCCACACUGGAGAAAGACCCUAUAAAUGUAAAGAAUGUGGGAAAGCUUUCAAUGGGAACACUGGCCUCAUACAGCAUCUGAGAAUUCACACAGGGGAGAAGCCCUAUCAAUGUAAUGAAUGUGGGAAAGCCUUUAUUCAGAGAUCAAGUCUCAUUCGGCAUCAGAGAAUCCACAGUGGAGAAAAAUCUGAAUCCAUAGGAGUUUAGGGAAAAAAACACAGUCUUGGUUUGGGCAUUAUUCAACAUGAGAGAAACCACAUGCUGGUGAGAGGUCUUUCAGUGUAGUAAAAAGCCAGAGUGUGUCAUCAUUACAAUCUCACCCAUGGUCAGAAUUAAUAUUGGUGGUGGAGUUAUAAUAACUCUUCAGUAGUUUGGGCCAGUGCCUUGAUGCAGGUGGAUUAGACUGACGGUCUUGGGAGGUGUCUGAAGGAGUGGCACUCCUGAUGGCCUAAAGGAUCCUUUAGAAACACAAUAGCAUUAGGGCAGGUUGCUUGUCAUGGAGGCACUUAGUUUUAUUUUGGGAGAAUAGCUGUAGGUUUGAGAGAGGCUACACCUCCUAGUUCCUCUGCUUCUUCCCAUCUCCUCUGAUCCCCUUCCGCCAUUGGUUCCCCUGAGGGUGUACUUGUGCUCCAAAUCUGAUCUGAGAAGCUACUUUAGAGUUUGAAGCAGCCUCUGUGUGAGACUUAUUUUGUAUUUAGCUUUCUAAGAACCUAGUUCUAGGGAAAUUUUUACAGGCACUUAAUGUAUUUAUGCUUAAGUGUGCAUUUUGUUUUUAUUCUAAUGUUCCUGAUAGUGGAAACCUGUAUUCCCACGCAAACUCAGAAUGCUAUAUUUUUAACAGCACUCCAGCAUUUUUCUUCAUAUAUCACCUUCACUGACUCCACUGAGUCAUUGGGCAUCUAUACGUAUUCUUCACCACCCCCAGCCCCAGUACCUGUGUCAGCAAAGGAAGUGAUGGUUGUGGGAAUGAAGCAGAGAAAGAGGUGAGUGGAGACUCAGCCUGAGUACUCUUGAGCUUCUGUGGUUGUACCUUUUGGUGACUUCUGGCUCUCCUUUCCACCUUCCCACUGUACACUGUGGUGCACAGGUGUUUAAACUCUCCCCAUUACAGCAUCACAUGGGAGAAAGAGGAGACAGGUACGUGAAGAAGACCUAAAAAUCCUUACAAAGAACAUAUACUCAACCGUCUUGACCUGUUACAGUACUGUCUUCUCUGGUUCUUAUCAGUCUGCACAAACCCCUGACCUGAUGAUCUGUGUCACUCAUGCCAUUACCCUGGUCCCACCUCAUUAGAUGGCCUUAGUACCUUACCCUCCAUUCUCCAGGUGUUCUUAACCAUUAGCUAUGUCCACAGUGGUGAUCUGUCAAAUACUUUACCUCCUAGAUCCUCAUCCUUCUGAAUUCUGGUGUACUCCCAUCUGUAAUCCAGCAGAGACACAGUAUUAACUCCUCAUCACCAGGCACUAUCUUUCUUCUUGGAGGCUUUCUCAGUAUACCAAGGGAUGUUAUAUAAAGUAAUGAGGCUGGUUUCAGUAACUCACCAGAAUCUAUGCACCUACAUGGUUUGUCCUUUAAAUUCAGUACUUCUAAUCUAAUUAUUCUGGUAGUGCUACUGUUCCAGUAGUGCUACCACUCCUCCAAAUAUGACCAUUAACCACUUGUUCAUCACAUUUGUAAUGGUUACUUUUGGCUUUUUUCCAAAAUCAGCUUUCAGAAUUGUAACUGAUUCCAUUAAUCCCGUUCAGAGGGAUAGGAUACAUGCCAAGAGAAGUUACACAACUUCCCAUUGACUGUUCUAAGCAGGGACAGUUGCUAAUCAAAUUAUUUUACAAUUGAUGUUUUUUUUUUCCAAAAUCAGUCAUAAGAUCUCUCAUCAUAAAGGUCUGCCUUUUGGAUCAUAAAUUCCUUCUCUAUAAAAUCCCUUCUCUUCUCUGCUGUCACCUACUCUGGCCACUAACAACAUCAAGGUUAUUAAUUAAACCUGUUUCACUAAGUCAUUUGAUACCCACCUGUCAUUUGUCACCCUGGUUUCCUUGGUUAACUCUCAAUACAGUGCUUUCUGUUAUCCUUUAUUUUCUUACUCUUCCCCCUUUAUUUUGACCUAUAGAUUCCCUUGCACUUGAAGGGAAUUCCAUUCCUCAUUCCCUUGUACUUGAAAUUUCAAGAAACCACAAAUAAAUCUGGUUGUCUCCAGAUCCUUGCUCCCUGCUUCAGUUACGCCUUACCCUCUGUAAGACACCAGUUCUGCCUGAGGCCGGUGCUGCCUGUGUGCAGAUAGGAUGGUACAUUGUCAGAGGGAAAAUAUGUGCACACAUACAUGCAGUCCUCCCACAUAGUUCAGAGGGGCACUUGUAUUUUAUUUCAGUGAAAGCUCUUAGAGCAACAUGCUGAAAAUGACUGUAAGUAUUCCUGCUAAUAUCUCUCUACUCAGAAAAAUGUGUAGCCAUGUUACUUAAACUAUAAUCACUAAGCAUCUGACAGAAAUUCAGAGAAAAGAAAAUAUGCCCAGGAAGAUUAGUGUGAUGCUGAAAUGAAUGAGGAAAGAUUGUGACUUGAAAGAACUAUGGAGGUUGGCUCAGCCCACAUAUAAAAAUAGCCACAUAGUGUAAGAAGUAGAAAAGGCUAUUGUUUUUGCAGGGGCGCACAUAGAAGUCCAUUCUUGGUCUCCACUUCUUACUCUUGGCACUGGAGUGUGUUGAUCUUUAUGACCUUAUUGUGAGCUCCUGACUGGGUGAUGUGUGCUAAGUUCUUAUAUCCUGCAGAUUCUAUUUUUACACUCUAAUCUGAAAUGAACUGUUGACCAGUACUCUCUUCUCCCAUGAUGAUCUUUUCAUUUUAGCCUGAUAAAGUAGUUCUUCUGUAACUCUGCUGCCAUCCAACUUAGUCAUAGAAGACACGUCUUAAUAGGUUUCAAUGAUUUCCACCAUUGAACAAGGUAGCGCUAGAAUGUGGAUGUUCCCCAUAUAGAGCAGUUAGCAUUACUCUUAGUCCUGAGACUCUAAAUAGUCAUAGGUGACAUUUAUUAAGCACUUACUGUGUGCCAAGCCCUAUGCUGAGUAUUUCUCUUGGUUAUGACAUAUUAUAUCCCAUAUAUUAUAAACGAGGAAAAUAGGCUUAGAGAGGCGAGUUGACCAAGGUUAUGUAGCUGGGGAAGUGCCAGAGUAGGGACUCUUCCCUACAGGAUUAGAUUCCUGAGCCUGUGCUAAUCACUCUGCUACCAUGUCUCUAAUGAACACCCUGACCCUGGCCAGCCGUUUGAAAAUUCUGUACCCCUUGCCAUAAAAGCUACUGGGGAAGGAAAGGUACAGUGUAGUGCAAAUCCAUUGCAGUUACUGGAGAAUGGGUUGAAAAUGUCAUUCUAGUUGAUAACUGUAUCUUUAAAUGAUACUUUUGAUGCUUUGUAGUACUAGAAAACUAAAUGGUACAAGUAAAACAUGUUUAAAAGAGUAACUCAGAGGAUAAAGCAAUAAUAUACAGAUUUGAGUACAUUUCUAACCUGCCCCAGGAAACUAAAAUUGAAAUUGGAGGGAAAUGAAAUAUCCCAGUGCCCCAGGCAUGUAUGGUCAAUUGGGAUGACAGUAGUUAAGUUUACCUACAGCAUAAAUGUGGAAAACCUUCAACUUCACUGCACAUUUCCAACUGCCGUUCUGUUUCUUCCAUCAGUCAUGGUUUUUCAAACAUACUAUCCAUCAUCGUUAACCCCAUUUUCUCAUUAAUGUACUCUUGAAACUUCUUACUAGCUUUUGUACUCAAUAUUGCACUGAAGUGUCCUAUGGAUAAAUAUGCCUUUUCUUAGUUUUUGUCCUUGUUGAUCUGUUUUCAUACUGUUGAGUUACCCUGCAUCUCAGGAAUUCUCUUACUUGGCUUGUGGGAUCCUUUUUUUUUGUCAUUUUCCUCUCAGUUUCUAGCUUUUCUUUGUCUUUUUUCUCCUCUCCACUGAAAAUAACCCCCAUGUCUUGAUUUUAUCCAGUAUUUUUUCUAUAUUCACUUCUAUUUUGAUUGUUUACACUUCUGUAUUUCAGUAACUUAAUAUUUCCUACUUUGUGGGUCAGAUAGCUACACAGCUUAGUAUUUGAAAACUGAUCUCAUCACUCUUGUCCCUCACUCCCAUCUUCCUUUUAAAUAGGCAUUAUAGCUUAGGUUCUUUAGCCUGAAUAGACUCCCUGCCUUGCAUAUGUUUUUAAGUGGGCUCCAAGCCCGAUGUGGGGCUAAAACUCACCACCCUAAGAUGGAGUCCUGUGCUCCCCUGACUGAGCCGGCGAGGCACCCUGUACUUCAUAUUUCUUUUCCCCAUCUUGAAUUGUCUUUUAUUCUUUUUCUGCUCUCCACUCUACAUUCCAGUUCUUAGUUUUAUCCUUGAGGCUGGAUCUUUUAUAUUUUUGCCAUCCCCUUGCAGCCUUCUGCAGAUAUAGUAUCAUCUGAGGCCUAGGUAAUUGUAAUUUCUUUCUAAUUCCCUUGCUUUCAAGAUCCCCAUCCUGUAAGGCUUCCUGUAAUGGUGAUCCUCCUCCAAUCCAUUUCCUUUUUUUUUUUUUUUUUUUAAGAUUUAUUUAUUUAUUCAUUCAGAGAGAGCGAAGAGAGAGGCAGAGACACAGGCAGAGGGAGAAGCAGGCUCCCUGCAGGAAGCCCAAUAUGGGACUCGAUCCUGGGUCUCCAGGAUCACACCCUGGGCUGCAGGCGGCACUAAACCGCUGCAUCACCGGGGCUGCCCCUCCAAUCUAUUUCCAGUCAAGAACACGCAGCAGAUAAUUCUUAUCAGAGCACUGGUGUUCGAAUCUCCCAUUACUUUGCCCUUUGUGGUUAAUCUGCCCUAGCCUCAUUCUCCAGCAUAUUCACCUCGACUCGUGUUCAAACUUGUCUUACAAGCCCUUGCCCCUGUGCCUUUCUCAUCCAGUGUCUUUUGUGUGGAUUGUUUUUUGGCCCCAGCUCUUGUUCAUCACUCCCUUCAAGCCUAGCUUCUUUAUAUUUUCUGAGUGAGCUCUCCCUGACUUCACCUCACAUGGAGACAUCCCUUUUCCUGUGUUGCCGCAGCACUUAUCCCUUGAGUUUGUACUGUGGUCCGUGUACUUACUAAUAUGUUGCUUUGUAAUUAUUUUUAGCACUCUGUAUUGUAGUUUCAUUUGUAUUCAUUUCCAAAAUUAAAUUGUAAGCUCCUUGAGGGCAGGAAUAAUAGCUUUUACAUUUGUAUCUCUGCACCCCCCCAGUGCCUAGUACAGUGCUGAGCACUCAGUAGGUGUUUAAUAAAUGCUUGUCAAAUCAU